CAGCAAGCAUAUGUCCUCUAAAUCUGAAAAUGUUGUCUCCUUUCUCUGCAGCGGAGACAUAAAUCCAGUUGACAUAAUGUCCAGACGCAGCGGUCGCUUCACUCUUCAGUCCAGAGACUCGAAUACGCCUGAGCCAACAGCAGGAGCCUCAAGGAGGAAAAGAAAGUCGGAGCCUUCUAAGAAAAAUCUUCAACCUUCAGCCAAGAAGCAGAGCUUUGAAAUCCAGAAGUGUUGGCCGGAGGACAGCACAAGUCCUUGCGUCCUCAUUGAGACGCCUCACAAAGAGCUGGAGCCUGCAGAUGCAUCGGGCUUUAAACAGUACAGCUUCAGGAACUUCUUCAUCCAGGCCUCCCCCCUCCCUCGCCUCAGCUGGGCCAGUUCAGACGAUGUUUGGAUCAAAAUGAUCAACAAGGAGCUGAAGUAUGUUCACCACAAGAGUUAUCUGCAGAGACAUCCCAAACUGCAGCCCAAGAUGAGGGCCAUCCUGCUGGACUGGCUCUUUGAGGUGAGCGAGGUCUACAACCUCCACCGGCAGACCGCCUACCUCGCUCAGGACUACUUUGACCGCUUCAUGCUAACUCAGGAGAACAUCAGCAAGGACUAUCUGCAGCUGAUAGGAAUUUCCGCGCUCUUCAUUGCCUCCAAGAUUGAGGAAAUCUAUCCUCCCAAAAUCUACGAGUUUGCUUAUGUCACAGAUGGCGCCUGCGACUUGUGGGACAUCCAGCGCACUGAGCUUCACAUCCUGAAGGCAUUGGACUGGAACCUGUGUCCGGAGACACCCAUCUCCUGGCUGAAGCUGUAUGCUCAGGUCGACGCCCAAAGAGACGGCGAGAACUUCCUUGUGCCGCAGUUCUCCCAGGAGUCCUACGUCCAGAUCGCACGGCUGUUGGACCUGUGCACACUAGACAUCAGCUCGCUGGACUUCAGCUACAGCGUUCUCGCCGCCGCCGCCUUCUGCCACUUUUCCUCCUUUGAUGUCCUUCAUAAAGUCUCAGGUCUGAAGUGGGACAGCGUAUCGCUGUGUGUCCGGUGGAUGAAGCCCUUCAUGGACACGCUGCGAAACGAACCCAAAGCUGAGCUCAAGCCCUUCUUCAAAGAAGACGAUCGACACAACAUCCAGACCCACGUGGCCUACCUGGACCUGCUGAGAAAAGCUCAGGAGCGGCAGGUCGACAGUCCAGACUGUCAGCUGUCACCCGUCGCAGCGGGAGGCAUGCUGACUCCGCCCAGCAGCACAGAGAAACCAGCCAAUCCCUGAGCUGGAGGUGAUGAACGACGCUACCUCUCAAACCACAACAGCCCUGCAAAACUUGUGCUUUCAGUGAAAACUUUGGUUUUGAAUUAAGUAAACAGACUGCAGCCGUCACGUUAUUCAGAGUUUUAGACAGUGCUGACAUUUUGUGCGCGUGCAUCAGCUGCUUUGGUGCUGUUUUUUGUUUUUAAGAACUUGAGCAGAUUUUAUACGACACUUCAGUCCAAUUCUCAGGAAAAACAAGCAAUCUUUUUUCCUUUCUUAAAGACAAAGGAUUUUUCUGUUUUGGGGAGGGAAAAGGCUUUUAAUUUUUUUAUUAUUUAUUUAACAUUCCUUCUUAAGUCGGCAUUAGAUGCUUCCUGUUUGCUUGUGAA